GGAGGUGGAGCCCGAGCUGGAACCGAAUGUCAGAAACGCUGAAAUAGUCAUGAUGGGGGAAAACGAACCUCCUGCAACAGAAACUCCCUUCUCCUUUCGAUCCCUCUUCGGCCUUGAUGAUUUGAAAUUAAAUCCUAUGGCGACAGAUGCAGAUGCAGUUGCUGCCCAGAUCCUGUCUCUGCUGCCACUGAAGUUCUUCCCUAUCAUUGUCAUUGGAAUAAUCACACUGAUCUUAGCACUGGCCAUUGGUCUGGGCAUCCACUUUGACUGCUCCGGGAAGUAUAGGUGCCGGUCAUCUUUUAAGUGCAUUGAACUGACAGCUCGAUGUGAUGGGAUCUCCGACUGCAAAGAUGGGGAGGAUGAGUACCGGUGUGUGCGGGUGAGCGGUCCGAAUGCUGUGCUUCAGGUGUUUACAGCUGCUUCCUGGAAGACCAUGUGCUCGGAUAACUGGAAAGGUCUCUACGCAAACGUUGCCUGUUCCCAGCUAGGUUUUCCAAGCUAUGUAAGCUCAGACCACCUCCGAGUAGACUUACUGGAAGAGCAGUUCCAGGAGGGCUUCGCUUCCGUCAAUCACCUCUUGUCCGAUGACAAGGUGACAGCUCUGCACCACUCGGUCUAUGUGAGGGAGGGAUGUGCUUCGGGCCACGUGGUUACCUUGAAGUGUACAGCCUGUGGUCUGAGGUCUGGCUACUCCUCGCGCAUCGUUGGUGGGAAUAUGUCCUCGCUCACACAGUGGCCCUGGCAGGUCAGCCUUCAGUUCCAGGGGUACCACCUAUGUGGGGGCUCUGUCAUCACGCCCAUGUGGAUCGUCACAGCUGCCCACUGUGUUUACGACCUAUACCUCCCCAAGUCAUGGACCAUCCAAGUGGGUCUAGUUUCCCUGCUGGACAGUCCAGCCCCUUCCCAUUUGGUGGAGAAAAUCAUCUACCACAGCAAGUACAAGCCAAAGAGGUUGGGCAAUGACAUCGCCCUCAUGAAGCUGGCUGGGCCACUCACGUUCAACGAGAUGGUCCAACCAGUGUGCCUGCCCAACUCGGAGGAGAUUUUUCCCGAUGGGAAGGUGUGUUGGACAUCAGGAUGGGGGGCCACAGAAGAUGGAGGUGAUGCCUCAGCUGUGCUGAACCACGCAGCCGUCCCACUGAUUUCCAACAAGGUCUGCAACCACAGGGACGUGUAUGGCGGCAUCAUCUCACCCUCCAUGCUCUGCGCGGGCUAUCUGAAGGGCGGCAUAGACAGCUGCCAGGGAGAUAGCGGGGGACCCCUGGUAUGUCAAGACAGGAGGGUGUGGAAGCUGGUGGGAGCAACGAGCUUUGGUAUUGGCUGUGCCGAGGUGAACAAGCCCGGAGUCUACACCCGCAUCACUGCCUUCCUGGACUGGAUCCACGAGCAGCUGGAGAGGGAUCUGAAAACUUGAAGGGGAAGAGGACA